AUGCCUCUCUCUGCCUCCUCUUCGCCCCCUUCGCUCGGUGCCCGCCUCGAGAACCGCUCGCAGAGCCCUUCUCGGACCGGGCGCACGUCCUCGGAGAGCGGGCACUCGCAUUUACGACCCACGACGCCCACCAGUGUGCACUCGUCCUCGAGUGAGCUGGGGGACAACGAUAUCAUCCCCCCGUAUGACCCUGCGGCGCCGCGCACUCUGGUGCUGUGCUUCGACGGCACUGGAGACCAGUUCGAUUCGGACAACUCCAACGUGGUGAAAUUCUUCAGCCUACUCAAGAAAGAUGACCGGCGGGAGCAGAUGGUGUAUUACCAGACGGGUAUCGGCACCUACACAACCCCACAGGUUUCUACCGCCGUCGGCCGCGCCGUUUCCAAGACGCUCGACGAGAUGGUCGCGUGGAAUCUCGAUGCGCACGUUAUGAGCGGCUACGAGUUUCUCAUGCAGAACUACGAAGCGGGCGACAAAAUCUGCCUAUUCGGCUUCUCGCGCGGCGCGUACACCGCGCGUGCGCUCGCGGGCAUGCUGCACAAGGUCGGGCUGCUCCCCCCGGACAACUUCCAGCAGAUCCCGUUCGCGUACAAGAUGUACGGGCGCACGGACGAGCUUGGGUGGAAGCAGAGCACCGCGUUCAAGAAGGCGUUCUCCAUCGAGGUCGACAUUGAGUUCAUCGGUGUUUGGGACACUGUCUGCUCGGUUGGCGUGAUCCCGCACCGACUUCCGUUCACGACGUCGAACACGGCCAUCCGCACAUUCCGGCACGCGCUCUCGCUCGACGAGCGCCGUGCGAAGUUCAAGGCGAACCACUACAACCGCCCGACGGAGUGGGAGAGCAAGCAGGGCACGCACCGCGGCGACAUGCCGCGCCCCGCGCGCCGGCGCCCGACCGGCCUCCGCGCUACGAGCCAGAAGAUCGCGCAGGCUGUCAAGGACGGGAUGCGAACCGUCAGCGGAACUGUUACGAGCACGACGUCGAGCACCACCACCACCGCCCAGACGUCGCCGGGAGGGAUAACGAAGACUGCGACCACGACCACGACCAUCCAGGAGAAGAAGGAGGAGGACUCCGACUCGGAGGACGAGCACGUCGAGACGACCGUGACCGCAGCGGCCACCACCACCACUACCGCUGCCGCCGCAUCGCCGACCUCCGCGCGCACCAACCUGUGGGCGCAGGCGCUCAGCCCCUUCGCGACGUGGCGCACGCUGCGGCGCGCGGCGAAGGGCAAGCAGCUCACGGAGGAGGAGAAGGCGUUCGACAAGGCGCAGGACACCGCGGGCGCGCAGGGCGAGACGGACGUGAAGGAGGUGUGGUUCGCGGGCUGCCACUGCGACGUCGGCGGCGGGUCCGUGCCCGACGACACCCUGCACUCGCUCGCGCGCAUCCCGCUCCGCUGGAUGAUUCACGAGUGCUUCCGCACGCGCACCGGCAUCCGCUUCCAUGGGGAGCUGCUGAAGGAGAUUGGGCUCGACCCUGCGAGGUUGUGGCCAGCGACGCCGACGGGGCGCGCGUGGCCUGAGGAUACGUUCGUGUACCCCGGGGUGAGCAGCAGCGGGAACGGCGCGCCUGCGGUGAGCGUCACACCGUCGCCACCGCUGUUCGCGGCACAGGUCGUCGCCCCAACACCGCUCACGGAGAAGACGCAAGAGGAGAUCGGGCACGCGCACGGCGAAGCCGCGCGCACGAACGUGGCCUCGAUCUUCCCUCCCAACAAGGCAUUCUCCCCACCCGCUGCUGGGCGCGCGUCGCCGCACAUGCGCGACGUGUCGUCGUCGACCGCGCACACGCUCGUGAACGGGAUCGAGAGCCAGAUGCAGGCGCACUGCGCGCUGGCGCCCCCGGAAUGGGGCCCCGACCCGAACGUGAACGAGGAAGAGGAGGAGAAGGCGGAUGCGAAGUGCGCGAUCUACGACCAGCUCGCGCGGCGCCCGUUCUGGUGGCUGCUCGAGUUCCUCCCGAUCGAGGUGCGUAUCCAGGGCGCGGACCGCCAAUGGCAGAAACAGUACCGAUUUAACCUGGGUCAUGGCCGCGAUGUGCCCCCGACGGAGCAGUUCUACCUUCACCGCAGCGUUAAGUACCGCAUGGACGCGAAGGACCUCCCGGGUGGGCCGUACAAGCCCCGCGCGCGAUGGGGCUCUAUGAAGCCGACUUACGUCGACUGAGUUAGGGUUGGGAUCGCGUGCCUGCCGCCACUCGUUUUAGAGCGGAGGGUAGGGUGCCUCGUCUGCGUCUUGGGCCGACGCGCACUUAAUCUUUGCCUGUAUAAUUAUUCGCUAUUUCUUGUGCAUCUUGAUGCUUUUACGACUACUCCUAGCUAUCGCCACGCUUUAAUGAUCACGCUAUUAAUGACUCC